AUGAUAUCUUCAUCUUCUAAUUCUUUUUUCUCCAUCUUUUUUCCCUCCUUAAUCUUUUGCCUCGAUUUAAGUUUCGUUCUUCACUUCUUCCUUUUUUUUUGUUUUCUUUUCCUGAGUCUUUUCUCCGUCCUAUUUUUGUUCUUUUUUCGUUACCUUUUCCUUUUUCUUCUCUUCCACUCACUUCUGUUAUUACCCCCUUCUUUUUUUGGGGGUCUCUCUGAGUCGCUUUCUCCUAAUUUCUUAUGUUCUCUUCCUCCUCCCCCUCAUCCCGCAACUUCUUUUCUUCGCCUCUCCCGUCUUUUGUCCUUUUGCUCUUCAUUCACUUCCUCAUCCUACUUCUUUUUUCUCCUCUUCCUUCUUUUGUUUUUAUCACUCUUCUUCCUACUCCAUCUUCCCUUCUUUCUUUUUUUUAUUCCUCCUCAUCCUACUACUUCUUUUCUUUGCCCCUUCAUUUUUUUAAACUUUUUCUCUUCAUUGACUUCCCCCUCAUACUUCUUUUCUUCGCCAAUUCCGUCGUUCGUUUUUCUCCUCAGUCUCUUCCUCCUACUACUUUUCUUCGCUUCUUCCUCCUCCUAUUUUCUUCACCCUCAUCCUACGCCCACUAUUUCUUUACUUCACUCCUUCCUUCCUUUUUUCUUCUGUUCUUCAUUCACUCGUUCCUUAUUCUCUGCUGUCUUUGAUGUUUUAUUUCUCUUGCUUUUUCUUUCUUUUUUUCAUUCUUUCUUUCUGUGCCUUUUAUACUUCUUUGCUGUCUUAUGCGUUCUUUCAUCUUUUGUCUUCUUUUUUUUGCCAUCUUCUUUGCUGUUUUUCUGUUGCUUUUCUUUCUUUGUCACCUUCUUUUCUUUCCUUUUCUUUGUUGUUUUAUCUCUCUUGCCUAUUCUUUCUUUCUUAUACUUCUUCUUUGCCGUCAUUCUAAUUUUUUCUUUCGUCUUUUUUUUCUUUGCCAUCUUUGUUGUUUUCUUUCGCUUGCUCUUUCUUUGUUCCUUUUUUCGUUUUUUCUUUUGUUUUUUUCUUUGCUGGCUUCUUUUUUGUUUUUGCUGUUUUUCUCUUUAUUUUCUUUCUUUCUUUUUUCACUUUCUUCUUUCUUUAUCUAUUAUACUUCUUCUUUGUUGCCUUCUUUUCUUCCCUUCUUUCUUUUGUCUUCUUCUUAUUUGCUCUCUUCUUUGCUAUUUUUUUCUGUUGCUUUUCUUUCUUUCUUUCUUUUUUUUUCUUUCUUUCUUUUUUUUUCUUUCUUUCUUUCUUUCUUUCUUUUUUCUUUUCUUUCUUUCUUUUCUUUCUUUCUUUCUGUCCUAUAGUUCUUUUGUUGUUUCUUAUUCUUUUCUUUCUUUUUUUUUUUCUUCUUUGCUGUCUUCUAUUCUUUCUUAUUCUUUCUUUCUUUCUUUCUGUCCUUUAGUUUUUUCUUUCUGUUUUUUAUUUUUUUCUUUCUUUUCUUAUUUUUUUUCUUUUGUUGUCUUCUAUUCUUUCUUUCUUUCUUUCUUUCUUUCUUUCUUUCUGUCCUAUAGUUUUUUCUUUUUGUUUCUUAUUUUUUUUCUUUUGUUUUUGUUUUUUCUUCUUUGCUGUCUGCUAUUCUUUCUUUCUUUCUUUCUUUCUUUCUUUCUUUCUGUCCUAUCUUUUUUUCUUUUGCUUUUUUCUUAUUUUUUUUUUUUUUUUUUUUUUCUUCUUUUGCUGUCUGCUAUUCUUUCUUUCUUUCUUUCUUUCUUUCUUUCUUUUUCUUUCUUUCUUUCUUUCUUUCUGUCCUAUAGUUUUUCUUUUGCUGUUUCUUAUUUUUUCUUUUUUUGUUUUUCUUCUUCUUUUCUGUCUGCUAUUCUUUUCUUUUUUCUUUCUUUCUUUCUUUCUUUCUUUCUUUCUUUCUUUUUUUCUGUCCUUUUUUUUUUUUUCUUUGCUGUUUCUUAUUUUUUCUUUUCUUUUUUGUUUUCUUCUUCUUUGCUGUCCUAUAGUUUUUCUUUCUUUCUUUCUUUCUUUUUUUUUCUUUUCUUUUCUUUCUGUCCUAUAGUUUUUCUUUGCUGUUUUUUAUUUUUCUUUUUUUUUUGUUUUUUUUCUGUUUCUUUUUUCUGUCUGUUUUCUUCUUCUUUCUUUCUUUCUUUCUUUUUUCUUUCUUUCUUUCUUUCUUUCUUUCUGUCCUAUAGUUUUUCUUUGCUGUUUCUUAUUUUUCUUUCUUUUGUUUUCUUCUUCUUUGCUGUCUAUUCUUUCUUUCUUUCUUUUCUUUCUUUCUUUCUUUCUUUCUUUUUUCUUUCUUUCUUUUCUUUCUGUCCUAGUUUUUUUUCUUUGCUGUUUUUAUUGUUUUCUUUUUUUUCUUUCUUUUUGUUUUCUUCUUCUUUUCUGUCUGCUAUUCUUUUUGUUUUUCUUUUUUUUUUCUUUUUUUCUUCUUUUUCUUUCUUUCUUUCUUUCUGUCCUAUAGUUUUUUUUUUGCUGUUUCUUAUUUUUUCUUUCUUUUUUUUUUUUCUUCUUUUGCUGUCUUCUUUGCUAUUCUUUCUUUCUUUCUUUUCUUUCUUUCUUUCUUUCUUUCUUUCUUUAUUUCUGUCCUAUAGUUUUUCUUUUGCUGUUUCUUAUUUUUUCUUUCUUUUGUUUUCUUCUUCUUUGCUGUCUGCUAUUCUUUCUUUUUUCUUUCUUUCUUUCUUUCUUUCUUUCUUUUCUUUCUUUCUGUCCUAUAGUUUUUCUUUGCUGUUUCUUAUUUUUCUUUUCUUUUGUUUUCUUCUUUUGCUGUCUGCUAUUCUUUCUUUCUUUCUUUCUUUCUUUCUUUCUUUCUUUCUUUCUUUUCUUUCUUUCUGUCCUAUAGUUUUUCUUUGUUGUUUCUUAUUUUUUUCUUUCUUUUGUUUUUUUCUUCUUUUGCUUUUUUCUUUGCUGUUUUUAUUUUUCUUUCUUUUGUUUUCUUCUUCUUUGCUGUCUGCUAUUCUUUCUUUCUUUCUUUCUUUCUUUCUUUCUUUCUUUCUUUCUUUCUGUCCUAUAGUUUUUCUUUGCUGUUUCUUAUUUUUCUUUCUUUUGUUUUCUUCUUCUUUGUCUGUCUUCUUUUCUUUUCUUUCUUUCUUUCUUUCUUUCUUUCUUUCUUUCUUUCUUUCUUUCUUUCUUUUUUGUCCUAUAUUUUUUUCUUUGCUGUUUCUUAUUUUUUCUUUCUUUUGUUUUCUUCUUCUUUGCUGUCUGUUAUUCUUUCUUUCUUUCUUUCUUUCUUUCUUUUUUUUCUUUUUUUUUUUCUUUCUUUCUGUAUAUUUUUUUCUUUUGUUUCUUAUUUUUUUCUUUCUUUUGUUUUCUUCUUCUUUUUUUGCUGUCUGCUAUUCUUUCUUUCUUUCUUUCUUUCUUUCUUUUUUCUUUCUUUCUUUCUGUCCUAUAGUUUUUCUUUGCUGUUUCUUAUUUUUUCUUUCUUUUGUUUUCUUCUUCUUUGCUGUCUGCUAUUCUUUCUUUCUUUCUUUCUUUCUUUCUUUCUUUCUUUCUUUCUUUCUGUCCUAUAGUUUUUCUUUGCUGUUUCUUAUUUUUUCUUUCUUUUGUUUUCUUCUUCUUUGCUGUCUGCUAUUCUUUCUUUCUUUCUUUCUUUCUUUCUUUCUUUCUUUCUGUCCUAUAGUUUUUCUUUGCUGUUUCUUAUUUUUUCUUUCUUUUGUUUUCUUCUUCUUUGCUGUCUGCUAUUCUUUCUUUCUUUCUUUCUUUCUUUCUUUCUUUCUUUCUUUCUUUCUUUCUUUCUUUCUUUUUCUUUCUUUCUUUUUCUUUCUUUAUUUUCUUUUUCUUUUCUGUUUCUUUCUUUUUUUUUUUUUCUUUUUUUUUUUUCUUCUUAUUUUUCUUUUUUUGUUUUCUUCUUUUUCUUUCUUUUUUCUUUCUUUCUUUUUCUUUCUUUCUUUCUUUCUUUCUUUCUGUCCUAUAGUUUUCUUUUUUGUUUCUUUUUUUUCUUUCUUUUUUUUUUCUUCUUCUUUGCUGUCUGCUAUUCUUUUCUUUCUUUCUUUCUUUCUUUCUUUCUUUCUUUUUUUCUUUCUUUUGUUUUCUUUGCUGUUUUUUCCUAUAGUUUUUUCUUCUUUUUCUGUUUCUUCUUUUUUUCUUUCUUUCUUUUGUUUUCUUCUUCUUUUCUUUCUGUCUAGUUUUCUUUGCUGUUUUUUAUUUUUUUUCUUUCUUUUUUUUCUUUUCUUUUCUUUCUUUCUUUCUUUCUUUCUUUCUUUCUUUCUUUCUUUCUUUCUUUUCUGUCCUAUAGUUUUUUUCUUUGUUGUUUCUUAUUUUUUUUUUUCUUUUGUUUUCUUCUUCUUUGCUGUCUGCUAUUCUUUUCUUUUCUUUUCUUUUCUUUCUUUCUUUCUUUUCUUUCUUUUUUCUUUUGCUGUUUCUUAUUUUUUCUUUCUUUUGUUUUCUUCUUCUUUGCUGUCUGCUAUUCUUUCUUUCUUUCUUUCUUUCUUUCUUUCUUUCUUUCUUUUCUGUCCUAUAGUUUUUCUUUGCUGUUUCUUAUUUUUCUUUCUUUUUUUUUUCUUCUUCUUUGCUGUCUGCUAUUCUUUCUUUUCUUUCUUUCUUUCUUUCUUUCUUUCUUUCUUUCUUCCUAUAGUUUUUCUUUCUUUCUUUUUUUCUUUUCUUUCCCAUCUUUUUUUCUUUUGCUGUUUCUUAUUUUUUUUCUUUUGUUUUUUUCUUCUUUGCUGUUUUGUUUUUCUUUAUUCUUUUCUUUCUUUUCUUUCUUUCUUUCUUUCUUUCUUUCUUUUCUUUUUCUUUCUUUCUUUUUUUCUUUGCUGUUUCUUAUUUUUUUCUUUCUUUUUUUUUCUUCUUCUUUGCUGUCUUCUAUUCUUUUCUUUCUUUUUUCUUUCUUUCUUUCUUCUUUCUUUCUUUUCUUUUCUGUCUAUAGUUUUUUUUGUUUCUUCUUUUUCUUUUUUUUUUUCUUUUUUUUUUCUUUUUUUUCUUUUGCUUUCUUUCUUUCUUUCUUUUCUUUCUUUCUUUCUUUCUUUCUUUCUUUCUUUCUUUCUGUCCUAUAGUUUUUCUUUGCUGUUUCUUAUUUUUUCUUUCUUUUGUUUUCUUCUUCUUUGCUGUCUGCUAUUCUUUCUUUCUUUCUUUCUUUCUUUCUUUCUUUCUUUCUUUCUUUCUUUCUGUCCUAUAGUUUUUCUUUGCUGUUUCUUAUUUUUUCUUUCUUUUGUUUUCUUCUUCUUUGCUGUCUGCUAUUCUUUCUUUCUUUCUUUCUUUCUUUCUUUCUUUCUUUCUUUCUGUCCUAUUGUUUUUUCUUUUGUUUCUUUUUUUUUCUUUCUUUUUUUUUUCUUCUUCUUUUUGCUGUCUGCUAUUCUUUCUUUCUUUCUUUCUUCUUUUCUUUCUUUCUUUCUUUCUUUCUGUCCUAUAGUUUUUUUUUUGCUGUUUCUUAUUUUUUUCUUUUGUUUUUUCUUUUUCUUUUCUUCUUUUUGCUUUCUUUCUUUCUUUCUUUCUUUUCUUUUUUUUCUUUCUUAUUUUUUCUUUCUUUUUUUUUUCUUUCUGUAUAGUUUUUCUUUUUGCAUUUUUUCUUAUUUUUCUUUCUUUUUUGACUUUUUUUCAUUCUUCUUUGCUGUCUGCUAUUUUUUCUUUCUUUCUUUCUUUCUUUCUUUCUUUUCUUUUUUCUUUUCUUUCUUCUUGUCUUUUUUUUUUUUUUUUUGCUGUUUUUUUUUUUUCUUUCUUUUUUUUUCUUCUUCUUUUCUGUCUAUUCUUUCUUUUCUUUCUUUUUUCUUUCUUUUUUUCUUUCUUUUCUUUCUUUUCUUUCUGUCCUAUUUUUUUUUUUUUUUGUUUCUAUUUUUAUUUUCUUUUUGUUUUCUUCUUCUUUGCUGUCUGCUAUUCUUUCUUUCUUUCUUUCUUUCUUUCUUUCUUUCUUUCUUUCUGUCCUAUAGUUUUUCUUUGCUGUUUCUUAUUUUUCUUUUUUUUUUUUUUCUUCUUUGCUGUCCGAGUGUCUAUUCUUUCUUUCGACGUUUUUCUUUGUUUUCUCCUUUUCUUUCUUUCUUUUUUUCUUUUUUUAAUUUCUUUUUUUUCUUUUCUUUUGUUUCUUCUUCAUUAUUGAAUUUUGCUGUUGCUUUUCUUUUCUUUUUCUUUCUUUUUUCUUUCUUUCUUUCUUUCUUUUCUUUUUUGUCCUAUUACUGUUUUUCCAUCAUAUCUGAUAUUCUUUUCUUUCGUUUUAUUUUUCACCGUUUGCCCAUUUUGUUGUCUUCAUGGCUAUCUCUUUCAUCGUCUCAUUCUUUCUCUUCCGUUUUCUUUUUUUUCCGCCAUCUUCUUUGUAUAUCGCAUAAUUUCAAGGAAUUCUUUCUGAAUAUUUAUUUUUACGAGGGAAAUGUUCUCGUUCACUGCUCUCCAUUCUCUUCUUUAUUAUUUCAUUUAGUAUCUCCCAGCUCAGUUCAGUCUUCCUUUUCCAAUCACCCUGAAUUCUGA